AUGGCACGUCAAUAUAAGCUGCCAGACUCCGAAUCGGAGUCUGAACCAGAUGUGUCUUCUACUCCUUCCGAUGACCAACUUGAACAGGGACUGCGCGAUGAGAUCGCCGGGAUCUUCAAAUCCGGUAACAUGGAGGAGCUUACUGUGAAACGAGUGCGACUUGCCGCGGAGAAGAAGCUUGGUCUAAUAGAGGGAUACUUAAAAAAUACGGGGGAUUGGAAGGCACGAAGCGAAAAAAUUAUAAAGGAUGAAGUGGACGCGCAGGAAGCGCAAAACGACGAUGCUGAUUCAACCGAAAAGUCCCCAUCGCCUCCGCCGCAACCAAAAAAGACUGCGCCCAAGCGUUCUAAUAGUGACAGUGCACCCAAGCCGAGAAAACGCCAGAAGACACAAACUCCUGUUUCGGAGGACGAUGUACCAGUGCUUUCUGGUCACGAGAGUGAGGAAGAGGUCACAAAGCCAAAAAAGCGUGCGGCACCCAAGAAAAAGGUGUCUCCGAAACCCGCCACAGACGAGUCACAAGGUUCAGAUGCCCAAGAAGAUUCCGAUGCGUUGAAAGCGUCGGAAGUUGUCAAGGACGACUCUGAAAGCGAGAUGUCCGUGGUCCUGGAUGAGGAACCCAAACCCAAGCCUACACGCAAGCGACAGAGUAGCGAUGCAUCCUCCAAGAAGGAAAAGAAGAAGCCGGCGCCCAAAGCCAAAUCCAAAGACGACGAAGAUCCCGAUCAGGCAGAGAUCAAGCGGUUACAAGGGUGGCUCGUCAAAUGUGGUAUCCGUAAGAUGUGGUUCCGUGAGCUGGCGCCGUACGACACCGCAAAGGCAAAGAUUAAGCAUCUCAAGGAGAUGCUCGAGGAUGCUGGUAUGACGGGGCGGUACUCGCAGGAGAAAGCCAAUCAGAUUCGCGAUGAGCGAGAGCUCAAGGCAGACUUGGAGCAGAUCCAACAAGGUGCGAAGCAAUGGGGAAAAGGGAGCGGAGACGAAGAUGAGGGACCACCUCCACGCCGUGCUGCUGCUCGAGGUCGACAGGCGCUUGCAUUUCUGGAAAGCGAUGGUGAAGAGUCGGACUGA